AUGGGUGAGAAGGACAUGCCAAUCGCACCAUUGCAGGAAGUGCUCAGUGAUGGUGGCGAGCAACAGGGAACCGUUGAAUCCAAUCGUGUGGAAGAAAAGUAUGGGCAUAUGCAACGGAGGCUCCAGAGCCGCCACAUCCAAUUCAUUGCCUUGGGUGGUGCUAUUGGAACCAGUCUCUUCCUUGGAAUUGGCUCAUCUCUUGCUAAGGCUGGUCCAUUAAGCCUCGUACUAGGAUUUGCAACCUCAGGUCUCGCUGUCUAUGGCAUGAUGGUGACUCUGGGUGAGAUGACAACCUGGUUGCCUGUGCCUGGCGCCAUACCACAGUUCUGCGCACGAUUCGUGGACGAUGCGCUGGGAUUCGCGAACUGGUAUUUUUGCGCAAUCGUCGUCUGUUUAGAUAUCAGCGCAGCAGCCUUGUUGAUCGAUUAUUGGCCUGGAUCAAGGUCAAUAUCACCUGCUGUUUGGAUUACGCUCAUCAUCGCACUCAUUUUGUUCCUCAACAUUUUUGCAGUCUCCAUCUACGGCGAGGCUGAGUUCUGCUUUGCAUCCAUCAAGCUCAUCACAAUCGUCGGUCUUCUAAUCUUAUCAGUUGUGAUCAUUCUCGGCGGAGGACCAAGUGGUGACAGGCUUGGGUUUCGCUAUUGGAAGGAUCCUGGAGCCAUGAAUGCCCUCGCGCCCGCCGAAGGAGCUACCGGUCGCUUUCUCGGUUUCUUCUCAGUGCUUAUCUACGCGGCCUUCACCUACGCCGGUGUCGAAAUGAUUGCAGCAGCCGCUGGCGAAGCAGAGAACCCUCGUCGUAAUGUUCCGAAAGCAGUCCGUCGUGUUAUAUGGCGAAUAUUGCUCUUUUAUGUCCUCGGUAGUCUUGCUAUUGGGUGCAUGGUAGCUUCGGAUAACGAAAAUCUUCUUGGAGGGAAAGGGGCAGCCCGAUCGCCUUGGGUAAUUGGAAUUUCAACAGCAGGUAUCAAAGUCUUGCCACAUAUCAUCAAUGCCGCGAUCUUGACAUCUGCGGCAUCAUCGGCCAACGCCUUCCUCUAUACUGGCAGCCGCUAUUUGUAUGCGCUAGCAUCAGAAGGUCAGGCACCCAGAGUGUUGUUGACCUGCACGAAGAGCGGUGUGCCAAUAUACUGCGUCCUGAUCACAGGGUCUGUAUCCGUUUUGACGUACAUGACUGUGUCCGUUGCUGGCUCAACAGUCUUUCUCUGGUUCGCCAACUUAGUCACGGUUGCCAGUCUUCUCACCUGGGUUUCCAUCUGCAUCGCCUUCAUCCGCUUUCGCAAAGCCCAGCAAGUACAGGGACUUACAGAUAGGAAUCCCUGGUACAAGGGCCCAUUCCAACCAUACACCGCAUGGAUCACGAUGAUAUUCUUCUCGGUAUUGACUCUAUUCAAUGGCUUUCAGGUUUUUAUGACGGGCAAGUGGAACGUCCAGGAUUUCAUCGUGUCGUAUAUUGGCAUUCCGAUCUUUGCUUUCUUCAUCAUUUUCUGGAAGCUUGUCAAACGGACCAAGAUACACUCCUUGGAGAGUAUGGAUCUGAUGAGUGGACGACGUGAAAUCGACGCAAUGGAAGGCAAAUGGGUUGAGCCGGUUCCAAGAAACUUUCUUGAGAAGAUCUGGUACUGGAUUACUUGA